UCGUGCUCGAAGUGACGAAUGCGGUUGGACUGUUAUUCUUGAAACAUGGAUGAUAUUUCCGAACAGCUAGCGCAGUUUCGCUCCGCUUCCCUUGUCGCGUUAUUUUGUUUGCUUUCGAUUCUUUUAUUUGUACCCAGCCGAUCGGAAAGUCAUAUCAAGGCCAUCAAUGAGGCUUCAAAAGCUUGGACGAACGACACGUUGAUUUUCGGGCAAGAUCAGCAGCCGGAAGAGACGCAGGCGGCUACGCUGAGUGUUUGCCCCAAUGUGCCUAUUGAGCAGAUGGUGAAUAUUACCCAGGGACACGAAGGCGAUGAAAUACCUCGUAACAUGUCCACUUUCUAUAAAAAGCUAACGGAGCAUUAUGAAAAACUCUUUUUUCUACGGGGCGCGAAUGCAUUAGCUUUUAACGUACGAACGGAAUGGAACGUGUUGGUUUUCGCCAGCUAUCUUGAACUGGGACCUCUCGUCGGUUCUCAUUUGGUGACGUUGGAGUUAAGCAAUGCCACGGUAACCGAAAUACAAGAUGCGUUGACGUUUGCGUGGUUACCAAGUUUCGAAAAAGGCAACUGGACAGCCACCCACGUCGAAAUCGUGCAGAUAGACGAUGAUCGUCCGUUCUUUUCGGCUAACGGGUCACCAGUUAUGCGGAUUGUGUACACGCUACCUGUCUCCCCUGCCGCUAUUCCCACAAAUUUCACAAAACUUCCAUCAGCAUAUCCGUGGAUAUUUGCCCGCAAUACGACUUACCAUGAACUACCGAGAAUCCCUCUACCUGCUCGUGAAGAAUUCUGUCAGCGUUUGCGGAGUAAAGGACUGACUGUAUACUUGGGACCAGUCUUUUCGGGCAGCUUCAAUGCCGGGAGAGGGCAGCUGUAUCUUGGAAUUAACUCCUCUUCCGGGAAGUUUGACACUGACCUGUUACCACAGGACUUACUGGGACAAGUGCGACAGGCGCGAAUGGAGGAGGGUUGCGGCGAUGCCGAUAUGGGUGAUGUGCAAAUCCAUUUCAGUCCGUUCGCCACUUGGAUAGCGCCCAUGCGAGAAAACGGCUCAUUUUUUGAGAUAAAGGUCAUGCCGCUUCAAUUCAAGUUGUUCGUGAAACAAAAAGCCCUCGUGUACAAGAGCAUUAACCUGACACCGCUGGCAAAUGAUACCGACCGCUACUACGCACGUUUAGACAGCGCUGGUGAUGGCGAGGUUUUCCCUUCAAAUGCCCGCUUUAUAGAAACAGCGCCACUGAAUCCUCUUCAUUCAUUCCGCAUGCAUCUUGACCAUUCGAUGGCUAUCCAGCUUUUGCCAAUGCUGGAAACGGCAAUGGCUGCACGCCUGAAUGAAGAAUUUCAGAAAACUUGGAAAAAUGACACAGGUUUCGACUAUGAUCGCCAUUGGGUGACGGUGCACUUGUGGAACUUUGAUCCUGACGGUUGGGUAAUUAACUUUUUUGUGACACUCCACAAACAUGGUUUUUACAUCAACCUGGAUGCCAGACUGCCGUACGCUAACAACAUUUAUCGCAAACUGAAUGGCCUCCAGCUGCCAACCGCAAAAUUCGUGUACACUCUGACAAAUUCUCCCCUUCCCAGUCUCUUAAAGGAAACAAUAAAAUCAGUGACUUUGCAAAAGUGUGACACGGAAAAGGAUUUGUACUUUGAUGAAGACACGUUAUGUCCCUUGAAAAGCGCUUUUACUUUAUAUGUUGAACCAGUUAAGCCGCUGCGAUCGCGCACUCACUCGUUGGUCAACGGUUGGAAAGUAGAAACGUUGAGUCCUGAUCAAAUACUGGAAGCUGUACAGCAAGCAUUUGCCGCAGCAAAUCCCGUGACAAUGGAUGACAUGACACUGACGCUAACGCUGACUGAGUGGAGAGAUGGCUGGAAGACUGUUAAUGGAGGCGAUACUUCGAGAUUCUACUUCGCACUAUCGACUCCCAAGACGAAGAGCGGAUCGUACUGGCGUUUGUGGCGCUAUCCAACAUUCGAUGGCCUCAACAAGUUUCUGAAUAUAACCGCAAAGGCUCGCAUUGUGGAUACUUGGACAGUAGCUUAUUAGUAAUACAUUUUUUCGGUAACUUAACAGAUCUAGUGCUACCCCUGACGUUAGUUUUUUUUUUCUUCUUUCUGAAAUCUACAAAUCAUCUGAAUUCCACGUAACCAGCU